GCGCAACUGCUGCAAACGCUUCGCAAGUACUUUGGCCACGAGGCCUUCCGCGGCAGUCAGGAAGAGGUCAUCCUCAAGUUGCUCCAGGGGAACCACGUCUUCUACCAGGAGCGGACCGGCCUGGGCAAGUCGCUCGUCUACCAGCUUCCGGCCCUGCUGGAGACGCCGUCCAAAGGCCGCAUCACGCUGGUCAUCUCGCCGCUGCGCUCGCUGAUGCAGAACCAGGUCAUGCAGCUC